UAUCUAUUACGUAGGGUCAGGUUGUGAUUGUUGACAUUGACGGGGUUACGGAUCGUAACAAUACUCUAUUGUGUCAUAUAGAUCAAGAGUGACUUGGUGUAUUUUAUGUCCUAUCCUGACAAUGAGGAGUAUUUUCAUUGUCGUUAUACUGUUCCCCGUGUGGCUGGGAACGGUUUGUGGGUUCAUCACACAGCCUGCGGGAGGCCUUACGGAACAGGAAGGAGGGGACGCAAUGGUCCUCAGCAGGAAGACGCAUGCCGACCCAUCUUUGUCCGAGCCGGUCAGUGGUCAGAGGAUUAGGCUUGGUAACUAUGGUAACGGGUCACGUGAACUAGGACGAGGUAUACUGGAGGUAUACAGAGCGGGCAGGUGGGGGAUCGUGUGUGAUGACCACUGGAACUUACAAAACGCACAUGUGGCGUGCAGGGAGCUGGGCUUCACACUUGGGGCUCGACAUGCUCUUGAUACUAGGAGCUAUUCGACUGGACCCUGGUCGGAUGAUUCGUUCGUAUUUGAUGAUGUUGCGUGUCAUGGUAACGAGAGCUCCCUGCUGGAAUGUGAUUACACCCCACAGCACAACUGUCAUGUGUUCGAGGCAGUAUCGGUCGUUUGCCAGCCAAACCAAGGUUGCAGUGACAGCUGGGUGGCUGGACCUAACGGCUGCUACCUAAUACAGAUACAACCUCAGAUUAGAGUGUCCUCGGCAGAGGAAACGUGUUCAAAACUGGGAGGCUACUUGACCAACGUCGACAGCAUCCUGGAAAACGAUUUUCUGUCAACGACUCUGCAAACACUUCAUCCGGAAAGACAGUACUGGCUGAUUGGAGGCAGGUAUCAAGGAAACAAGUGGAUUUGGAAAACGUUGCGGAGAAAGAAAAAGAGGGACAAAAAGAGAAAGAAUAAGCAAGGAAAGAACAAGAAGAAGAAAGAAAAGAAACAGAGAAAACAUAUCCUAACCCGCAUUAGACGUGACAAAAAUAUCUUGGAAGAAAAGGAGAUGGACGUGACGGUCUGGUUUCCUGGUUGGAUGCCCUCACACGUUAAACAUGAACCCUCCACGACUCCCGAACAAGACUGCCUAGCCCUGUCCAGACAAUACGCUCUUCCUAACGGGUCAGUCGAGCAAGUCUCCUACCUCUUCUGGAAAGCAAUGGAGUGCUUCAGCACGGAAGGUCGUCUAGGCUUCAUAUGUGAAAAACCGCUGCAAGACAGCUCGGACAGAAACAGUCAGGAAUGUUACAUGGACAACGGGGAGGAGUACAGAGGCAAGGAACAUACCACAAUCGAUGGCCUACCCUGUCAAAAUUGGACCUGGUCCAUGACCACAAACCCAGACACUCACCCAAACAUGGGACUCGGUGACCACAACUGGUGUAGAAACCCAGACAGUGACGUCAGGCCUUGGUGCUGGACAAACGUCACUACGGAUAAAUUUGCAUAUUGUGCCAUACCACUGUGUCAUAUAAACCUGACGUCUAAAUUACGACCUGUCGUACAAGAGUGUCCACGAGGUCAGUUCCAUUGUCAUAAGAGUACAGAAGGCAGGUGCAUAUCGUCCAUGUUCCAGUGUGAUGGGGAAGUCGACUGUGCACAAUCGGAGGACGAAACGAGAUGCAAUUACAUUUUACCAAAGUUCACCAAGAGUGAAAAUGUAUCAACGACAGCUGUGAUCCGACAGACAUAUGGUACUAUUCCUGUAGAACUUUGUGCUAAAUUUUGCUUUGAGGAAAAGAAAUUCACAUGUAACUUAUUUUCAUAUCGAAAAGCGUGGAAAUACUGCUAUUUGUCUUCAAAAGAAAAUCAAGUCAGCAGCUGGACCUCUAAUUCUGACUACGAUAUAUAUGCACUAGGAACAACAUGAUCAGCGCAGUACACUAUAACACAAAGAUAACGAGCUUUACAACCAGCCAUGCACCGAAAGAUAUCCGGUCACGUCCAGGCAAAUAAGCUUCGGUUAUAUUUUUUUUAAAUAUUGACCCUGUUGAUGUAAUCUGUAAAGUGAGAAGUCGAUGCUGUUUCAUUUCGUACCAACAUGUUGUGAAAGAAGUUACACACGGGAACUUUUACGGAUGUGAAUAAUUGUAUUUGUACACAAUCUUGUUAGAUAAAUAACUUUGCAAUAGAAACAAAGUUUGAUGUUUGUUGUUGAGUUUGGUACUUCAUAAGUAUAUUCUGGGCAUUUACGAAAAGGCUCCUGCUGUUAAAAUGAAUGUAAAGUGUGUGAACAGGACGUGUCGUACCAUAAUCACUUAAACAACUGUUUAUCAAUGCAAGCAAGUGUGUAUUUAGUCUGUUUGCUAAUAAAUGGUUGCUUAUCUAAUUAUUGAUGUUAUUCUGAAGUCUUUUCGUUGACUCAAUUGAACAAUUUACAUAUUAUAGUUCUGUAAAACUUGUACGGAUGUUAAAUAUUGUCUCGUUUAUCUGUCGAAAUUAACGUAACAUAUGUGGCUAUCCUGAUUUAAAAACGACAGCCGCUAGAUACAUUGUA